CAAGAUCGUCUCCACAUCCAUCCCGAAGCCAACCUCUGCCAAUCCUGCUUGAUGGCGGUGACUCGCAGUCUAGCAAUGGCAGCGACCGAUGCGGACGCCGCGGCAAUGCAGACGGUGCGUGUGUUCAAGUACGCAGCGAUGGUGGUGUUGCUGGUGAUCACGGCGGCGUCGGCUUUGCUGCCGUUGUGGGUAUCCAGCCGUGGCACCCGAACGGCGCAGAACCUGCUGAGUCGGAAGCUGCCGUUCGCCACGGCCGGCGUGUUCCUCGGUUCCGGCUUGCUGCACUUACUGCCUGACGCUGUCAAACUGUACGACGAGGUGGUGGCGAGGAUGGACGCACCGCCGCAUUGGAUGACAGCGUUCCCGAGCGUGUAUUUACUGUGUGCACUGGGCUGCUCCAUCGUCUGGAGCGUGGACCUACUGAACAUGGGCAACUCGGGCAAACUCAUGGCGGUGGCCAGUGCUGCACGUCCAGACUAUGAGACCAGCAUGUACAGGGUACAGAUCCCGUCCGUGGCGUCAUUCGGGUGGAGGAAUCGAUCGGUCUCGGUAGACGGCAAGGAACGGUUCUACUCGUGCUCGUGUGGCAGUGUGCCGUCGCCGUCCAUGUUCCAUCGUGCUGCUAAGAUGGAGGAGAAUACGUGUCUGCUUACACCCACUGGAGUGAAGGUUGCGAACGGAGCACCGCAGUGUGUGAUGGAGUAUGAGACGGCAGCAACAGGGCUGCUAGAGGAUGAACAUCACGAUGAUGCGGAAACUACAGUUAGCGAGCACAUUGUGUUCUCGGGCGAGAGCUAUUUCCUUCCCUAUUUAUUAGCUGCGCUCUUCUCGGUGCACUCUUUAAUUGCGGGUUUUGCCCUGGGGGUUAACCACUCUAUGGAUCGGACUGCGGUGGCAACCACCGUCGCCAUCUUCAGCCACAAGUUCAUCGAGGCCAUGUCAGUUGGUGCCAACUUUGCCAAGGCCAAGAGCAGCAUUGCGCACCAGCGAUCUAUUGCUGUGCUUACGCUCUACAGCUGUAUGACGCCGCUGGGUAUUUUCUUGGGCAUGGUGCUGUCCGAUUCAUUGCGUGGCAGCAGCGCGCUGACUAUGGAGGCAGUGGCGCUGAGCAUCGCGUCGGGCAGCUUCAUCUACUUGGCAUUUCACGAACUUUCCGAAGAGAACGCAAGCCAAGAGACCAAUUCCGCCGAGAAGCUCGCGCUGUUCUCCGUGGGCAUCUCCAGCAUGGCUGUGCUGGCCGCGUGGGCAUAAAAUAACAGCAGGAUGUCCGUGCCAAAGACCUGCAAGUUGAGGUCACCGACACAUUCAGCAGGUAUGGAGAAACCCAUUGCCACAGCCCCAGCUCUUGUCAUUAGUAACAGAAUCCGCGUCAACUACACG